AUGUCUGGACAGCAGGACCGCGCAAGUAAAAGCUCUAGUUCAAGCAUCAGCAGCAGUACUCAAGAGAGCGAGGAGGAAGCGCCUGUCCGAAGCGUCACCAUUGGUAGCCUCCUUGCCCAAGCAAAUAGCAGCAGUGGACAUAGUCUUGGGAAGCGCCUGUCCCAUUUGGGGUCAAUCCCGUAUACUCCCCGAGUUAAUGGAAAAAUACCCAAUGUUGAUAAUGCAACACUGGACCAUGAGCGAUUGCUGGAAAGGUUGGGCACUUAUGGUUUGGCUGAAUUUCAGAUAGAGGGGGAUGGGAAUUGUCAGUUCCGAGCUUUGGCUGACCAGAUAUUUCACAAUCCUGACUAUCAUAAGCAUGUGAGAAAAGCUGUCAUGAAACAGCUGAAGGAAUUCAGAAAACAAUAUGAAAGUUAUGUACCAAUGGAAUAUAAGGUGUACUUGAAGAAAAUGAAAAGAUCUGGGGAAUGGGGGGAUCAUCUGACCUUACAAGCGGCUGCAGAUCGGUUUGGUGCCAAAAUUUGUUUGCUGACAUCAUUUAAAGACACCUGCUUAAUUGAGAUAGUUCCUAGGGAUCUAACUCCCACAAAAGAGCUUUGGUUAAGCUUCUGGUGUGAAGUACACUACAAUUCCUUGUAUGGAAUCGAUGAUCUCCUGACCCGCAAGGCGAAGAAGAAGCACUGGCUGUUCUAG